AUGGUCAAUCAUAUUAAUGGAAAUGAUGAGGGCAGACAUCAUCAGCGGCAACCCACCAUUCCUUUUGCCCGUUCAACCAGACAGAAGCCGAGAAGAUGGCCACUUGCCCUUCGCUUUAUUAAGGGCGCCAUUCAUGGUGCCAUCAUACUGCCAGUGGCCCUGCAUGGCUUAUUCGCUGCUUUGGUCGUCUUUCUUGACCAGCAUCUAGACGGAAGAUUAGGCCUUCCAGCAAGCAUCAUCCCAAGCUUGUCAAUCGUCGUUGGUCUCAUGCUGGUCUUCCGUAACCAGACGUGCUACAACCGUUUUUGGGACGGCCGCAACUACCUCACUGUGAUCAUUACAUCCGUCCGUAAUCUUACACGCUCCUUUCUGGCCUGUAGCGCCAUCACUUCCAGUACGAACCAAACUCUCGCGGACCGAGCCGACACUGAACGCGUUGUCCGCAUCUUAGUUGCAAUACUCUAUGCCACGAAGAAUCACCUACGAGCGGAAUGGGGUGCCGAAAUCAUACCAGGCACAGCCAUCAGCGUGAACACUGGUAGUGCUACGCAUAUACCAGAAUACAGCGAGCUGCUGCCCCAAGGACUGACGGGGUUGGAUGGCCGAGGUGUAGGACUGCCCCUGCAAUUGACCUUCUUUGUGGAACAGUAUAUCAAGAAAUUCUUUGACAAGGGCAUAUUCCACGGGCCGCAGGCCAGCCAGAUGCAGGUGCAGUUGAAUACAUUGACAGAUGCGUAUGGGCGGAUGGAGACGAUACGAUUGACCAGCAUUCCAGUUGCUCAUCUGAUCCAUCAGAAACAAGUUUUGGCGCUCUUUGGCUGCGUGCUGCCCUUCGCCCUUGUCGAGGACAUGAGCUGGUGGGCAGUGCCUAUUGUCGUACUUGUCAUGUUUACACUCUACGGUAUCGAUGGUAUUGGCAUGCAGUUGGAAGAUCCUUUUGGCUAUGACCGAAAUGAUAUCAAGAUGGAUGCAAUUGUAGAGGACAGUAGAUCUGAGAUCAUGGUGCUUUUGGAGGAAUGGAAACGAGUGAGCCAGACUGGUAGGGAGAUGUUCAUGGGGAAACAGGGGCUGCAGAGAAGAAACUUCAGGGAUGGAAUCCAGGACUCUUGA